UUGCAUUUAAAGGGCUAUGUUUUAACUUCUAAAAUAACUACAGGUCCAGAUCGUUGCUUCGGCUUCGUGGAAUUUCCAGAUGUGAAUAGCGCUCAAGCGUGGAUGGAGUACAAUAAGGGCACCUUAGAACUUGACGAUGGACGGUUUAUCAAAAUGGAGUAUUCGUGCUACGAUAGCCUUGAUGGACGCUCAACUGGUGCAAACAGUUCUAGGGAUUGGAUGUGCGCCAAAUGCACAAUAAAAAAUUUUAAAAAUCGUGGUUCCUGUUUUAAAUGUAAUUUGACGAGGAUAGAAUCGGAUAAUCUGGCACGCAAAGGCUAUGCAGCUAUUGGAGUCGCCAAAUGUGAUACACUUUUACUUCGUGAGAUACCUCUUAAAUGCACGGAAACCGCAAUAGAAGCUGAGCUGAGCAGAGUUUCUUCUAUGGAAGUCCUUCGAGUUCAUAUUGCUGAAUCUGGCCUUUACGCGUAUGUUCAGAUGAGAAGUGCAGACGAUGCUGAAAGGCUAAUGUUAACAUUCAAUCAAAUACCAUUGAUCAUUAAUGGAUGUACAGGUAUUACCUCAAAAUCUUUAGUGCCACCCAAUCCUACCCUUUUCCAAUUCGAGUCUUCUUCUGGGCUGUAUUAUGAUCCUACAACCGGAUUAUAUUAUGACAGUAAUUCCCAAUAUUACUGGGAUGCAAAUUCUCAGAAAUGGAACAGUUGGAAUGCAACAUACCAGGCAUAUAUUCCAUGCGAUGCAUUGGCAGAAAAAAACCCAGAAUCACAACAGACUAAUAUUGCGCGAGAAAUGGCAAAAUGGGCUAAACGUCAAAGUAAAGUUUUGUUAGCUGUGAAGGCUACUCCAAAAUUGGAGACUACUUCACCACUAGUUACUGCCAGCCAGUCGAAACCGUCUUCCGAGUCCACGACUUCUUUCAUUCUUUUAUUCGGGAAGCAUUUAUUGAUCUUGCAUUUAUUCUGUGAUAAUUUUAGGAAUGUCAAUGAAGGGACAUUAGUAGAUUCGGAGAAGAAAUUCUGCAUUCUUUGCAAGCGAAAGUUUGGUAGUCUUGAAGUUUUAAUGAAGCAUGUGAAGAUGUCAGACAUGCAUAAGAAGAAUUUGGAAGCCUACAUGGCUCAGAAAAUUACGAGCGAAGCAGCUCCAUCUGCCCCCCUUUUUACUGAGCCUUAUUCAUAUCCCAGGCCACAGCAAUAUCGUGAUCGAGCGAAAGAAAGGAGGAACAUGUUUGGCUUGGACCCAAGCGGUUUUACGAAAGACGCCAUUGGUGGUGACGCAGCUGAUUACUCAGCAUGGUCUCAAGAAGUGCCAUUGGAUGAGUCGAAUAUAGGCAGUAAAUUAUUGAAGUCCAUGGGGUGGACUGAAGGUACCGGAAUUGGAAAAAAUAACCAGGGCAUAGUUGCUCCGAUAACAGCUGAACGUCGAGUAGAAGGUGCUGGUUUGGGCGCCGCCGGUUCUCGCAUGCUUCAUGGCGCCAAUGCUUCACGAAGGGAGCGCGCUCAUUAUUCGAUGUUAAGUCGCUAUCAGGAAGAAUUUGGCAGUUGA